AUGGAGAGCAACGAGGUCAUCAGCGAAACUGAACACCACCAGUCUGCCAUCGAGGUACAGGAUAAACCAUCUAACGAACAGCUCUUUGCAUCAGCCAAUAAGCACCUGCUCAAAUUCGGUGGCGACUUCCAUUCCCAAGUCAUCACCAAAGCCAGCGGUAUCUACUUCUGGACCGCGGACGGCAAACGCGUGAUGGACUGGACAUCCGGCCAAAUGUCCUGCCUCAUCGGCCACGGACAUCCCGAAAUUGUCCAAACUAUCACCAAUAGCGCAGCCAACCUGGAUCAUCUCUACAGCGGAAUGGUAUCACCGCCAGUCAUCGAACUAGCAGAAACGCUGACCGGACUUCUCCCGGAUGGGCUGGACAAAGCAAUGUUCCUCAGCACAGGCGGCGAGGCCAACGAGUGUGCGUUGAGAUUAGCCAAGACUGUGACGGGCAAGUUCGAGAUCGUGGGGUUGGGAAGUAGUUGGCAUGGGAUGACCAGCGGUGCACAAGGGGCGCAGUACAACGCGGGGAGGAAAGGUCACGGUCCGUUGAUACCAGGCACCCACCUCCUCCCCACCCCAGACGCCUACCGCUCCAUCUUCCGCCACCCCGACGGCUCCCACAACUGGCGCACCGAGCUCGACUACGGCUGGUCCCUCAUCGACAAGAGCUCCUGCGGCUCCCUCUGCGCCGUCAUCCUCGAACCAAUCCUCUCCUCGGGAGGCAUGAUCACCCUCCCCGCUGGCUACAUGUCCGCCAUGUCGGCGCACUGCAAAAAGCGCGGCAUGCUCCUCAUCGUGGACGAGGCGCAAACCGCGCUCGGCCGAUGCGGCGACCUCUUCGCUAUUAAUCAUGAAAGUAAUGGGGGUGUCGUGCCUGAUAUUUUGACACUGAGUAAGACGCUGGGGAAUGGGUUGCCGCUUAGUGCUAUCGUUACUGGUGCGAGUGUGGCGGACACGGCGGAGCAGCGCGGGUUCUUGUUUUAUACUACCCAUGCUAAUGAUCCGCUGCCUGCUGCUGUCGGGUUGCAGACGCUGCGGAUUGUGCUGAGGGAUGGACUUGUGGAGCAUGCGAGGGUUAUGGGGGAGAAAUUGCACAAGGGUUUGCGCGCGCUGCAGGGGAGGUUUGAGUGUAUUGGUGAUGUGAGAGGACGGGGGCUUAUGGCUGGGGUGGAGAUUGUGAUGGAUAAGCGGACGAAGGAGCCGGCGAUCGAGUUGGGGAGGACGUUGAGUAGCAGGAUGAUGGAGUUGGGGCUUAGUGCUACUAUCUCGGCCAGGAAUGCGUUUAUGGGGUGUAUUAGGAUUGCUCCGCCGUUGAUCAUGGAUGAGGAGCAAUUGGAAGAGGGGCUAAGGAUUUUUGAGAAGGCGUUGGGGGAAUUGGCAGGGGAAGGGGUGGUGGGGGUGGGUGGAUAG